AUGACCAUUGGUGCUUCCAAGCCAUUUUGUGUUUUGUAUUAUGCUGACAAAUGUACCGUAUACUGUAAGGCAGGAGAAAAACAGCUGAAGAUCUGUGGCUUUAAGAGGAAUGUGGAUGUCUUAGUAUUGUACCUGGCUGGACGUUCAGGUGCUCUGAAACAUUUCUGUGUGUUACAGGUUCUGUUUCUUCACAACAACCAGUUAAAAAACCUUGGCAAAACAGUGAAGGGAUUGAAAGGAAUUAUAAGCUUGCAGACCCUGACAAUUUUAGCCAAAUUUGACAGAAGAAAGAAAUCUCUAAGACAUGAAAAUUCCACAGAGAGUACCUCAACUAAGAAAAAGCUGCCAAAUGAGUUCAGAAACCUAUUCCAUAACCCUCUGGCACAAGACCCAGACUACUGGCUUUAUGUGAUACACCUCCUGCCUGCAGUACAGCUCCUUGACAGGAAGUCAGUUACACAAAGAGAAAGGAAGUCAGCACUUCAUCUUUGUAACUACGAAAGGCUUGCUUGUGUCAUGCAGUCCAUAGCUUUUGGAAAGAGAGUAGAUACACCCCUGGAGACUACAGUAGGAUCUAGCAGAUGCACUCAGCCAGCCAGAAGAGUGAUGAUGCCCUCAGGUUCUGAAUUUGGAAAUCAGAGAAAUAAAGAACCAUUUGAGAACCCCGAAGAUGCCGUUUUACUCCGGGCAAUGGCAAGGUCUCUAAUGGAAUUUUCCUAUGUUGACUGGAACAACGUAGCCACCCCUCGAGAAAGACGGCUUGAAAACAAAGCAGCAGCAGAAGCCUGUAAGAAGCUGACAGUCCUGUUUAGAUGAGUGCUUUCUUCCUGAAGAAAAAAAAUUCCUCUUUCCAGGGUGGAGAUAAGCUCCUUAAGAUGAAGGAAGAUGGAAGAGUUUGAACUCUACCUGCUAAGAAAUCUUACUUCCAUAGAAUCUCCUUUUUGGGAAGACGUGACUGGCCUACUAAAGAAGACACUUAAAAUAACCUAAUAUUCCCAAAUCUAAUCUUUUUCCCAGAAGGAACAAUGUUCUUUAUGGAGCCUCUUUUUCUCACUGAAGGAAAUAAUUGUUCCUUUCACUGGGGAAAAAGAACAGCAAAAGGAAAGCUGCAAACCACCACCUGAGACAGGAGAAGAUACACACAGCUAUAAGCAGUCUCAUGGAAAAAAACCAAAAAUGUAAGAGGAGAGGAAAAAUGAAUGUGAUAAACAUGUUUUCAGAACUUACUAAACACAUUUUUAAAAGCCAAAAAGAUAAUUGCAAAAAUAAUGGAGAAAGGCAAAAUUUGAAAAAUACUGGAUUGAUUUGAUAAGCCUCAAAUAUUACUAAAAGCUACUGAUUUGUAUUCCUAAAAAAGGCAGUUUGGUGCAGCAUCUUUUUCAGCGGAACACCGUAUAAUUCAACAGAAUGCAUCCCACUGCACAAGAACCUGUCACAGGAGACUGAGUUUUGAGGUCUGGAACAAAAAGGACAAGUACAGACAGACUCUAUGCCUCAAAACGCUGAAUAAAAUUGAGUUUUAUAUGAAAAAAGAUCCCAAGCCUGAGGAGUAGCUCUCCCAUUCCACUGUCCUGAUGACUCCACUGGUCUUGACAUAUUUGCAUGUUUCACAUAAGUGAAGUAAGUAACCGUAAACCUGAAUAAUAAAAACAUGUCAACAUUUUCCUUUAAA